CUCCACUUUAGUUGAUUUACGAGACUGGUACCGAUCGGUUCGCAGUAGAUCUUCAACGUUCUGCCUGUGUACGUACGUUUUCGCUUUCCCAUUUUGAUUCUGUCUCAGACCCGGUGAAGAUAAAAAAAAUGAUGCAAAAUCUGCUGAAGACCACCCUGCGUACUGCCGCUGUGUGCCGCAAGAAUCUGGUCCAACCGGCGGCCAAAUUCUCGUCCACCUCGUUCGGAACAACCCAGGGACAAACUAGCCCGUUGACCUACCUGACCGAGGAUGAGCAGAUGAUGAAGGAAACUGUUGCCAAGUUGGCACAGGAGCAGAUCGCCCCACUUGUCAGGAAGAUGGACGAUGAUCAUCAAUUCGACCCUAGUGUGGUUAAGGCCAUGUUCGAUAAUGGCCUGAUGGGUGUGGAAGUGGGCGAUGAAUAUGGUGGUAGUGGAUGCAACUUCAUGACCAUGAUGCUGGUCGUCGAAGAAUUGUCCAAGGUGGAUGCAUCCGUGGCUGCUUUCGUUGACAUCCACAACACGCUGGUGAACUCGUUGAUGAUCAAGCUCGGAACUGAGGAACAGAAGAAGAAGUACCUGCCCAAAUUGUGUUCGGAGUACAGUGGAAGUUUUGCCCUUUCGGAACCAUCGGCUGGAUCGGAUGCCUUUUCGCUCAAAACUACGGCCAAGAAGGACGGAAACCACUACAUUCUAAAUGGAAGCAAAAUGUGGAUCUCCAACUCGGAUAUAUCCGGAAUGUUCCUGAUCAUGGCCAAUGCUAACCCAUCGGCUGGCUACCGUGGAAUCACCACCUUCAUCGUGGAUCGUGACACGGAAGGCUUCACUGUUGGCAAGAAGGAGAAUAAGCUCGGUAUCUGUGCUUCGGGAACUUGCCAGCUUCAUUUCGACAACGUGCGUGUCCCUGAGGAGAACAUUCUUGGAGAGUUCGGCAAGGGCUACCAAUAUGCUGCAGGUUUCCUGAACGAAGGUCGCAUCGGUAUCGGUGCUCAGAUGAUCGGUUUGGCCCAGGGUUGUAUGGAUGCCACCAUCCCGUAUCUACUGGAGCGCAAGCAGUUUGGUUCGGACAUCUAUUCGUUCCAGAGCAUGCAGCACCAGAUUGCUACCAUUGCCACCGAAAUCGAAGCCGCCCGUUUGCUGGUCUACAAUGCUGCCCGUCUGCAGGAAGCUAAGGUUCCCUUCCUGAAGCAGGCUGCCAUGGCAAAACUGUAUGCCUCGGAAGUUGCUCAGCGUACUACCAUCAAGUGCAUCGACUGGAUGGGUGGCGUUGGAUUCACCAAGGACUUCCCGCAGGAGAAAUUCUACCGCGAUUGUAAGAUUGGUGCCAUCUACGAGGGAACGAGCAAUAUGCAACUCAGCACCAUUGCCAAGGUCAUGAAGAAGGAAUACCAAGGAUAAGGCCCCGUAAUAACGCCGCAUGUUAACCGUCUUCCAGUUGAUUAUGUAACACACAGUACAAUAUAAAUCGUGUGUUUCGUAACUCAGCCUCCUUCUCCUCAGUAAACACACACACACACAUAGACACACAAACAUACAACUCGUUUACUGAUAGAUAGGAGGAAACUGAUAAAACAUACAUACAUAAAAGAAAAGAAAAAUCAUAUUUUUCCCAUACGAGUUAAAUGUAUACGUAUCGAUAACUUGGAAACCAAGUUUAAAAACACCAAGUGCAAACCGGAAAUGAUGCAUUUAUUUUCUACUACGCAGGUUAAAUCUUAGUUGUGUAAUUAGAACUAUCCUUUGAAAUUGUGUCUAGUGAUAACGACACAGGAAAAAAAAAAAGUCAAGCCAGGUAUGAUAUGAUAUCGUAACACGUAGGUGUUAAACGAUCUUGAUAAUGGUGAAAUAAAUUUAUACAUAA